AUGGUGACAUUGAAAGAUUGUGGUGACAUUGGGUGUGGGUGCGGGCUCGAUGGUGCGCAGCUUGUACGUGCGGCGCCCGGCCCAGCAGGAUACAGCUAUAAGUCAGAGCGAGAAAUAGAUAUUUCGAUCGGACCAAACUCGCGGUCAUGCACGUCCAUAGGCUUGAAAGGUCGCAAGCGCAACGCAUUCGCAACGUUAUAUUUUAAUAUAAGGACAUUGUUACACAAUUCCAUAGUUGAACCCGGAUCGCAAGCCGCUAUAAUGGAGGCAAGUGGUGUGUCCGUGGAGUUUGUCCGGGUGAAGGAAGAGCCUGUGUGGGAGCAUAGUCCAGACGAGCUGACGGGACCCUCGGAGCAUGCUGUAUUGCUGCCUGAACAGAUAAAAAUCGAAAUUGAAUUUGAAGAGCAAAGACCACUGCGUGUGAAGGAAGAGUUGUGUGAAACCAAACCUGUGGAGGCGCCGGCAGUGAAGCUUGAAGUGACUCCUGAACUUUCCGGUAUAAACCAACCAGUUGUCAUCAAACGGGAGCCCGAACCCCCAGAGGCAGUAGGAUCGCCGCCCACCAGCCCUCCGGACGAAUCAGAAGUCGCGAGCGCCGGAGCGGCUGGCGACCGACAGACGGACGACAUUAAAGACCGACAAACAGGGACCUACGUUUGCGACACCUGCGGCAACACAUACCAACAAAUACACUACCUAAUCCAGCACAUUCAAAGAAAAGCUUGCAGUCACACUGCAGAGAAAUCCUACUCCUGCGAUACAUGCGGAAACAGAUUCGCAACCAGAUCUAGUUUGAACCAACAUAGGCACACACACGCCAGUACAAAGCCGUAUUCGUGUGAAACUUGUGGGAAACAGUUUACUAUGUUAAGUUAUUUAAAAGCUCAUGAACGAAGGCACGUCGGUGAAAAACCAUACAGUUGCGAUAUAUGCCAAAAAGCUUUCGCGAAAGUGAGUGAUGUGGAAAAGCAUAAACGUAUCCAUACAGGCGAUAAGCCGUACUUCUGUGAGGAUUGUAAUAAGAAGUUCUCGCAUUUGAGUGAUUUAAAUAAACAUAAACGAACUCACACUGGAGAGAGACCAUACUCAUGCGACGUUUGUAAUAAGAAGUUUAAGAUUUCAACUCAUUUAAAUACACAUAAGCGAAUCCAUACUGGUAAUAAACCGUAUACAUGUGACUCGUGUAACAAGCAGUUUUACGAUGAGGCCUCUUUAAGUAUGCAUAAACGGGUUCACACUGGGGAAAAACCAUUCUCGUGCGAUAUAUGUGAAAAGGAAUUUACGCGCAACAGCAGUUUAAUCACUCAUAGACGAAUUCAUACGCAUGUGUUUUUUUGCGAAAUAUGUAAAAAGAAUUUCAAGCAAUUAGCUAAUUUAAAGAAACAUUCUAAAAGACAUUCUCGAGAAAAGGCAACUAAACUAAAAGGUAGUAAAAAGGCAUCUCCUGAAGUUAUAGAAAUCAUAUAGAUAGUUGGACAAAAAAACAAAACAUAUAUAUAAAUAUGUUAUUGUUAAUUACAUAGUCCUAUGUCCAGCGGUGGACUGAAAGGGGCUGAUGAUGAUGAUGAUGAAUAGUUAAAUUGACGUAGACAUUAUUUAACGGAGGAAUUGCGUCGAAUAACAGUUGCAGAGAAAACCUGCGUGUCAAGGUUUAACACAUGAACACAGAACCGAAAGACGAACAGUUAAAGUGAACAUUUUUAGAAUUAUAGUUAUUUUGUUUUUAUUUCUCAUCUUUUCGUCUGUGUUUGAUAAGAAUCUUGGCUGUUCUGCUUUAUACGGCACGAGUGCAUUGGACCCAUGAUUUAUGACCACCAACCACACCACAGGGCGGACACGCCAUACAUCAAAAAUCAUUUGCGUUUAUAUGUGUGCGCGGCACGUCUGUACAGGCGUCAUUGUGUAUGUGUAAGUCGCUUUACUGAGAGGACGCUAGAAGUCCGCCAGAUUCAUGUCGCGGCCAGUCG